ACAUGAUGGCGAUAUUAGCUGACGAUUUUCUGUUAUCUCUGCCAAAAGAGGAAUGGUAUGGUCCGUGUGGACAUGAUAUGUUAUACCAAUUCAAGGGCUUUUGGUUUACACCCCAUAUCCUUGAAGGAGUUCUCCAGUUUCUCAAAAACUUCAAGCCACUUCCUACUGAUGUAAUUUUAGCUUCUUUUCCGAAAACCGGAACAACCUGGCUCAAGUCCCUUGUGUUUGCCAUUAUAAAUCGUGCUUCCAAACAUUCACUGAUCUGCACCAACCCCCAUGAUCUCAUUCCAACCCUAGAGCUUCAAGUUUACUCCUCAAAUCCCACAGCAGCUCAUACUUUAACAAGCUGUGAUGCAAAUACUAGGAUCUUCGCCACACAUGUGCCUUACCAGCUCCUAGCUGAAACAGCCAUUCAUUCAUCCCAAUGUCGGAUAGUCUAUGUCACGAGGAAUCCGAAAGACACGCUCAUUUCCUUGUGGCAUUACAUGGGGACAUCUAAAGGGUCUUUGAAGAAGCCAUGGAAAAUAGAGGAGGCUGUGGAUAAGUUCUGUGACGGAGUUCUCCCUGAUGGUCCAUACUAUGAUCAUGUUCUACGAUUCCGAAAAGAGGGCUUGGAGAGGCCCCAGAAAGUUUUCUUUGUGAGCUAUGAGGACUUGAAGGAUGACACUAAAGAGCAAGUAAAGAAGUUGGCUGAAUUCUUAGGGCGUCCUUUUGAGAAAGAAGAGGAGGCAGAGGAGAUUGCGAAUAUUUGUGAUUUCCGGGCAAUGAAGCAGCACGAGGUUAACAAGUCUUCUGAUUCUCCAGAAUGGCUUGAAUUUCCUUAUAGUUCUUACUUCAGGCAAGGUGAGGUUGGGGAUCAUAAGAAUUACUUAGACUCUGAGAUGAUCCAGCGUAUUGAUGACAUGACUAAGGAUAAAUUUUAUGGUGCGGGUUUCAUGUAUGGAAUGUGA